AUGCUCUUCCCUGAAAUCCGGAAAAAAGCCAUGGAUAUCUAUAUUUCAGAUCUAUUGCAUCAUCAUUUUGACAAUCAGUUACAUGGGCAUUUUGAAAGCAUGAGUUUAAGCAUGAAAAUGAAAAGUGAUGGGUUGAAUGCAUUUAAAAUACCACCACUUCCGGAAAAAGGCAAGCAGAAGACACCAGUGACUUUAAAGAGGCCUCAAGAUAAAUCAAGGAGAUUCAUUAAUAAUUCCGCAUAUUUUUCUAAAUCUCUAAAAGCACCACCGCCACUUCCCAAAUCAAUCAGCUGUUUCGAACUUAAUACUCAAGCUGAGGACAGAAUACCGGAGAUUCCCGACAUAAGAAGAACCAGUGGAGAGAAGCAGGCCGAGGACAGAAUACAAGAGAUUCCCGACAUAAGAAGAACCAGUGGAGGGAAGCAGGCUGAGGAUAGAAUACCAGAGAUUCGCGACAUAAGAAGAACCAGUGGAGGGAAGCAGGCUGGGGACAGAAUACCAGAGAUUCCCGACAUAAAAAGAACCAGUGGAGGAAAGCAGCCUGAGGACAGAAUACCAGAGAUUCCCGAUAUAAGAAGAACCAGUGGAGAGAAGCAGGCUGAGGACAGAAUACAAGAGAUUGCCGACAUAAGAAGAACCAGUGGAGGGAAGCAGGCUGAGGACAGGAUACAAGAAAUACCCGACAUCAGAAGAACCAGUGGAGGGAAGCAAGCCGAGGACAGAAUACAAGAGAUUCCCGACAUAAGAAGAACUAGUGGAGGGAAGCAGGCUGAGGACAGGAUACAAGAGAUUCCCGACAUCCGAAGAACCAGUGGAGGGAAGCAGGCUGAGGACAGAAUACCAGAGAUUCCCGACAUAAGAAGAACCACUGGAGGGAAGCAGGCUGAGGAUAGAAUACCAGAGAUUCGCGACAUAAGAAGAACCAGUGGAGGGAAGCAGGUAUGA